GGCACUGCCUGGUCUGGAUUUCCUCCAGACCCCGGCGUCUGCUGCUCUGUAGCCCCAAGAAGGGUGUGUGCACCCUGAAGACUCAGACGUGUGGCCCCUGCCAGAUGUGGGGGGCGGCCGCCCAGAAGCAUGCCCCGCUCCAGGCCCUGCCACUGCUGCUGCUGCUGGCCUGCCAGCCACCGGCCCCCUCUGCCCAGGUGAUGGACUUCCUGUUCAAGAAGUGGAAGCUGUACAGAGACCAGUGCCACUACAACCUGAGUCUGCUGCCGCCUCCCACGGAGCUGGUCUGCAACCGAACGUUUGACAAGUAUGCCUGCUGGCCUGACACGCCCCCCAACACCACCGCCAAUGUCUCCUGCCCCUGGUACCUGCCCUGGUAUCACAAAGUGCAGCACCGCCUGGUGUUCAAGAGGUGCGGGCCCGACGGGCAGUGGGUCCCCGGGCCCCAGGGGCAGCCCCGGCGCAAUGCUUCCCAGUGCCAGAUGGACAUGGAGGAGAUUGAAGUCCAGAGGGAGGCCGCCAAGCUGUACAGCAGCUUCCAGGUGAUGUACACCAUGGGGUACAGCCUGUCGCUGGGGGCCCUGCUCCUCGCCCUGGCCAUCCUCCUGGGCCUCAGCAAGCUGCACUGCACCCGAAACUACAUCCACGGGAACCUGUUUGCGUCCUUUGUGCUCAAGGCCGGCUCUGUGCUCAUCAUCGACCAGCUGCUCAAGAUGCGCUACAGCCAGAAGAUUGGGGAUGACCUCAGCGUUGGCAUCUGGCUCAGCAGCGGGGCGGUGGCGGGCUGCCGCGUGGCUGCCGUGGUCAUGCAGUACGGCAUCGUGGCCAACUACUGCUGGCUGCUGGUGGAGGGCGUGUACCUGCACAGCCUGCUGAGCCGCGCCACCUUCCCGGAGAGGAGCUUCUUUGCCGUCUACCUGGGCAUCGGCUGGGGCACACCCCUGCUGUUCGUCAUCCCCUGGGUGGUGGUCAAGGGUCUGUUUGAGAACGUCCAGUGUUGGACCAGCAAUGACAACAUGGGCUUCUGGUGGAUCCUGCGGGCUCCCGUCUUCCUGGCCAUCCUGAUCAACUUUUGCAUCUUUGUCCGAAUCGUCCACCUUCUCGUGGCCAAGCUGCGGGCCCGCCAGAUGCACUACGGCGACUACAAGUUCCGGCUGGCCAGGUCCACGCUGACCCUCGUCCCCCUCCUUGGCGUCCAUGAGAUGGUCUUCGCCUUUGUGCCGGACGAGCAGGCGCAGGGCACCCUGCGCUCCACCAAGCUCUUCUUUGACCUCUUCCUCAGCUCCUUCCAGGGCCUGCUGGUGGCUGUCCUGUACUGUUUCCUCAGUAAGGAGGUGCAGGCGGAGCUUCGGCGGCGCUGGCGACGCCGGCGGGAGGGCAGAGUGCUGCGGGAGGAGCGGCUCUCUGGCAGCCACGCAUCCCCUUGUCAGAAGCUUCAGCUCCUGAGGGACGGCAGCGGCCUCGGCGCUGGCCGGGACCCCUCCGUGGAGACCCCUUUGGCUGGUGGAGGGCUGUCUGAGAGCCCCACCUGAGUCCCCUCUCCAGCCUGGCCAGGACAGACCUGAGUCUAGGGCGGGGCAGCAGGGCCCACCCACUGUGGGACGGACUGGAGGGACGUGGGUGCUGUGGGAGCUGUUCAGGGCUGCACAGAUGUGCCCUCCAAUAAAGAG